UCUUCUUCCUUACAAUUAUGUUCUUCAAAAAAGAUUUUCAGAGAAACUCAAUUUUUCUUCCUUCUCUUUUCGUUCAGUUCGCGGAAAACCAUAUUCCCCCAUUCGCAGUUCUUUUCAUCAAAACCCCCUAAAUCCCCAUGAAUUUCAUGGACAAUUUUUGCCACCUGAUUUCCGCUUCAGGGAAGAGGUUAUCUCUUCGAAUGUUUCAGGAAGGACGUCUAUCUCUGUGGCGAUGAGAAGGAACCUUGGACUCUUUUGAUUCCAACGAGCACUGAACAGUCUCGCUCCUUUGUAAUCUGUUCGACCCGACUCGCUAUAUGUUUCAGGGCACCCAACUCGAUGAAGAGACCUCUACGAAGAGACAAUGUAUGGAACCUCUUCCUCUAACUCUGCUUGUCUCGGAGGCACAAUCAUGCUUAUCCGGUGGAGUUAGGGUAGAGACAGAGCAGAUUGAUGGAUUACUCCUAUUUGAUCUGUCAGACCUGACACAGUCCAAGUUGCGGGGCACCCCCACUUCCAGUUUGAGAGCGUCAGAGGCACAACCAUACUUCUUAUUCGAUGAAGCAUCAGAGGAGGGAGACUGGUGGCUCUGUUUUGAUUGUCCCCGCACAAUGCUGUUUCUCUAUUGUCUAUAUGGAUCAAGAAUGCGACCUUCGCUGCCACUGUUGGCAUUUUUCUUAAAACAUAUAACGAUGCCUUUUGUAAAAAGGAGGACGCUUUCUCCUUCACCCUAAAAUCCUAGUUCUUGGCUGUUCUUCUCAAAAGAAUCUCAGUAGAACCCUCAUCUUUCCUCUCCGUGAAGAAAUUUUUGCUUGGAAUAUAGAGAGGAGGAAUGGAUAUGGGAAUAGAAAUUGAAGAAGAAGAAGAGAUAUCGUCUAGGCGCAUUCAAGUGCGCUUUGUCACAAAACUGAAAGAUCCCUCCAAUACUUCCAUCUCAAUCCCCACAAACCUCAUCCGCUAUGAACUAUCUAUCGUCGUGAACAAUCUCCACCAAUCCGGGAAUUCUGAUUGGCAAUCUGAGCCUUUUGACUUUCUGAUUGAUGGCGAGCUGGUUCAAAUGUCUCUGGAGAAAUUCUCAUCUGCCAAGGGAAUUUCCUUGGAGAAGAUGUUGGAAAUUGAGUAUGUACAAGCUGUGGCCCCAUGGAAAGAGGAAGAGCCUUCUUUGCAUGAUGACUGGGUCAGUGCGGUAGAUGGUUCUAGUUCUCGGUUCAUUUUGACAGGGUCCUACGACUAUUUAGGGAGGUAAAAUCAUUAUAAGUUUCUUUGUUUCGGCUCCCUCGAGCCUAUCCUCUCAUGACACCGGAAGGUAAAUUUUUUCAUAACCAUCUUCGCUUGUCUCGUUCAGAUUAAAAGUUCACAUAUCAAUUCUUUUCAUUUUCCCUUGUCUAAAUUUGUGGGAUACUUGUGGUUUUAACACCUUAUUGCAUUAUGCCGAAAGAUAAAGAGGAAGCAGUUCCGUAAAAUCAUUCGUGAGUGUCUGUUUCGUCAUAAGUUCACAAACUGGGUAAUGUAGACAGUGGUUUCUUUCAGCUUGUUAUUCAUCUGAUCGAAUUUUUGUAUUGGUGCUCAUCUUAUUGUUAAUAUUACAAAAUUCUUUUAAUGCAAUUUAGCAAGAAUGAUAUCAUAGUAGUGUUUCUUUGGA